CUCUCUCUCUCUCUCUCUCUCUCUCUCUCUCUCAUCCAUCAAAGAGAGACCAACCUUUUUCUGGGUUUUUGCCUCUUUAGUAAGGGUUUCUGAAUUAGGGUAUUUUGAAAGGUGAGUUUUUGAAGAAAAAGAUUAGUGAAGAUGGUGAGAGGGAAGACUCAGAUGAAGAGGAUAGAGAAUGCUACAAGUAGACAAGUGACCUUCUCCAAGAGGAGAAAUGGCUUAUUGAAAAAAGCUUUUGAGCUUUCUGUGCUUUGUGAUGCUGAAGUCUCUUUGAUCAUCUUCUCUCCAAGAGGAAAGCUUUAUGAAUUUGCAAGCUCAAGCAUGCAGGAGACUAUUGAACGAUAUAGAAGUCAUGCAAAAGAUGUUCAAACCGACAAUUCAUCGAGUGUAGAAGAUGUUCAGUAUUUGAAGCAUGAAACAGCUACUAUGGCAAAGAAGGUAGAACUCCUAGAAGUUGCAAAGAGGAAACUUUUGGGAGAAGGAUUAGGAACAAGCAGCAUUGAAGAGCUGGUUCAGAUAGAACAGCAGCUAGAAAGGAGUGCAUGCAUUGUUCGAGCCCGAAAGAUGCAAGUUUAUAAUGAACAGAUUCAGCAACUACAAGCAAAGGAGAAAAUGUUAGCAGCUGAAAAUGCAAUGCUUAAUGAAAAGUGCCUAGUCCAAACGGACCAGGUAACAGCAGAAAUAAGAGCGGAUUCACGGAUAAUAGAUAAUGGAGAGAACUCCGAUGUGGAAACAGAAUUGUUCAUCGGACCACCCGAGAGGAGAAUCAAGCAACGAUGGCUGAAGUAGUCGUAUGAUAUAUAUAUAUACACAUAUAUAUAUAUAUAAAUUUAUCAAGAUUACGUAUGUUACCGAUCUUAUCUACGUACGUUAGUUGAGAUGCGCGUGUUUUACGCAUACGGAAUGUUGUUUUGCAACAAAAUAUUCAUCCAAGGGAAGUCUAGAUAUCAAACCUAAUUAAGCUACUACUUCUGUGGUUAGAAAAUUAUUGUACAUGAGUUAAUGACCAUUUGAAUCCUAAGAAGACUGUUUCUGGUCA